AAGACUUCCCUGUCUACUGCUCUGUGUGGAUCCUUGCUCCGUCGGGGUGAACACGAAAGAGGCAAUUCGGUUCAAGGAGCUACACCGAGCCUUUUCACAAAAAUACUUUGAUUUUGUACACAGAAAAUGGCGGUUCCUGCAGGUGCAAAUGUGCAGAUGAACACAGAAACAAAGAACGACCUUUCAAAUCCAUCUGAAAAUGACAUUCACUUUGACGAGAAAGAAUUGGAAAACAUCACAAAUCACGUCGAAGAUGGCACAACACUGCCCCUCCACUCUCCGUGGACAUUUUGGCUUGACAGGUCAUUGCCAGGGACAACAGCAGCAGAGUGUGAAUCCAAUCUGAAAAAGAUCUACACAGUACAAACUGUUCAGAGUUUCUGGAGUGUAUACAACAACAUCCCUCCUGUGACUACACUGCCUCUAAGAUGUAGUUAUCACUUAAUGCAUGGAGAGAGGAGGCCCCUAUGGGAAGAAGAAAGUAAUGCCAAAGGUGGAGUCUGGAAGAUGAAAGUACCAAAAGAAAGCACUUCUGCUGUUUGGAAGGAGUUGUUACUUGCCACGAUUGGAGAGCAGUUUGCCGAUUAUUGUGCUUCAGAGGAUGAAGUGGUUGGUGUAAGCGUUAGUAUUCGAGAUCGAGACGAUGUUGUUCAAGUCUGGAACGGAAAUGCAUCUCUUGCUAGUGAAGCGAAUAUCUUAGGGAAAGUCUAUGAACUCCUCCCGCACAUAACUUUUAAAGCAGUAUUUUAUAAAUCUCACAGAGAACAUCAUGCCUUUGAAGGAGGGCGUUCACGACAUUAGCCUCUGCACUUUUUGAUAAAGCUCUAUUCUCGCCUGGAUUUAACCUUCUCAACUUAAUCCAAAAUAUAAUUUUGCAUACUGUACAUCGAACCGAGGAAAACGUCAUAGAAUGUUAUUGAUAUAUAUUUUUAUAGAUUCAAAUGGCUGAGUUUCAGUCUGAUGCCUUUUAUUGUUUUUUUGUUUGUUCUUGAAACACAAUUCAAAAGAGAUUCUAUCUUUAAUGUACCGGUAGGUCUUUUUUAAUUUAGUCUGUCAUUUAAAAAAAAAAAAAAGGUCCUUAGUCUUCAUUCAUGUAAUUUCUGAAUAUGUGCUGUUUCUUCUUUAGAAUGAUAAUGCGCGCUAUCGCUGCACUGUCACUGCUCUGCUCUCUUGGCAUGCCAUGGACCUCACUAGCGAGCAUUGAUCCCUACUGUAUCUAUGGCACACCACUGACCCACAGUUCACUGGUCUUCACUACAUAUGCCCUUAGAGUGAUGUUGCUUGUUUAUCCAAUGUAUGUUUUUAGCUGUCUUGGAUUUAUGAAUUGUUUGAUCCAUAUAUACUUUGACUCAUUUGUGAAAAAUUGAGUGUCCUUAAAGUUGUAGUAUUUGUAACUGUUGGCAGACAGUGCUUUUUGGCACACACUCAAUCAUUUCUCACCAAUAUUAACAUCAGCAUUGAAGUUAGAGACAUUGACUCAAAUGCUACAGGUAGCAAUGAGCGAAGUCCCCAGACAUUCUUACACAUUAUGAUUAUACUUUGAUUGCAGAGCUGUUAAUAUGCAAUAAGUAUGAACAGUGUUAUACUGGUGUAUUUUUAUUUUGUAUCAGAAAAAAAUGUAACUUUAAAAGGAUCAACUAUUAACAAAGUACUGUAUAUAUAGUACAUUUCAUUUACACAUUUCUAAAAGUGUUGCCAAUGCAUUCUUUGGAAGUGUUUGGGUGAAUAUAAUAAUAGGAUAAGUUACCAUUCACCUUAUUGAAACUCAGCCCAAAAUAAAAACAAAUAUCACAUGCUGCUGUCACAUCACUGUCACCAGAA